AGAGAGAGAGAGAGAGAGAGAGAGAGAGAGAGAAUCUGGCAAGCGCUAACGCUGCGUGUCCGGAGCGCGCGCGCGUGGGGUCGGCCGAGCCCCACCGCCCCCAGAGUGUUCCUUUGCGGCGUUUGUUCCGGGAAGGCUUCGAGGACUGGCUGUGUGCUGCGGGCGGCGGGUGCAAGCGCAGGCAGAGGAUCCUGCGGCCAAGAAAUCCGCCUCGGAGCCCGCUUUUUCUCCGCGCAGCCUCUAACAACCGUUCCCAUCCCUCUGCCCCGCAUCUGAGCCUGUGGGCACAUCUCAGAAACCGUCCUGGGCCAACUCUUGUCUUGCUAGCUCUCCAAGGUUGGGUCGGACCUGAACCCCUCAAAGCGGAACCGCCUCCCGCCUUCGCGCCCGCCGCCCGCCCAGCGCUGAGUGGCCGGCGGCGGCCGGACCCGGGACUUUUGCUCGCGCCCUGGAUGGAGCUGAACUUUGGGCGGCCGGAGCAGCGCCGAGGCCCAGCGAUCCCUGCCCGCUGAGCUCGCGUGGGGAGACCCAGCGGCGGCCCGGGAAUUUGGGGGGGGGGCGGGGACCCACUGCGCUCCGGCACCAUGUUCCUGGCCACCCUGUACUUCGCGCUGCCGCUCCUGGACGUGCUGCUGAGCGCCGAGGUGAGCGGCGGGGACCGGCUGGACUGCGUGAAAGCCAGCGAUCAGUGCCUGAAGGAGCAGAGCUGCAGCUCCAAGUACCGCACGCUGAGGCAGUGCGUGGCGGGCAAGGAGACCAAUUUCAGCCUGACCUCCGGCCUGGAGGCCAAGGACGAGUGCCGCAGUGCCAUGGAGGCCCUCAAGCAGAAGUCGCUGUACAACUGCCGCUGCAAGCGCGGCAUGAAGAAGGAGAAGAACUGCCUGCGCAUCUACUGGAGCAUGUACCAGAGCCUGCAGGGGAAUGAUCUGCUUGAAGACUCCCCAUAUGAGCCAGUGAACAGCCGAUUGUCGGAUAUAUUCCGGGUGGUCCCGUUCAUACCAGAUGUUUUCCAGCAAGUCGAGCACAUUUCCAAAGGGAACAACUGCCUGGACGCGGCCAAGGCCUGCAACCUGGAUGACACCUGCAAGAAGUACAGGUCGGCCUACAUCACCCCGUGCACCAGCAGCAUGUCCAACGAGGUCUGCAACCGCCGCAAGUGCCACAAGGCCCUCCGUCAGUUCUUCGACAAGGUGCCGGCCAAGCACAGCUACGGGAUGCUCUUCUGCUCCUGCCGCGACAUUGCCUGCACCGAGCGCCGGCGCCAGACCAUCGUGCCCGUGUGCUCCUAUGAGGAGCGGGAGAAGCCCAACUGCCUGAAUCUGCAGGACUCCUGCAAGACCAAUUACAUCUGCAGAUCUCGCCUGGCAGAUUUUUUUACCAACUGCCAGCCAGAGUCAAGGUCUGUGAGCAGCUGUCUGAAGGAGAACUAUGCUGACUGCCUCCUCGCCUACUCCGGGCUCAUCGGUACAGUCAUGACACCCAACUACAUAGACUCCAGCAGCCUCAGCGUGGCCCCGUGGUGUGACUGUAACAACAGUGGAAAUGACCUGGAAGAGUGCAUAAAGUUUUUGAAUUUCUUCAAGGACAACACCUGUCUUAAAAAUGCAAUUCAGGCCUUUGGCAAUGGCUCCGAUGUGACUGUGUGGCAGCCAGCCCUCCCAGUUCAGACCACCACUGCCUCUAGCAGCACUGCCUUCCGGCCCAAGACCAAGCCCCUGGGGCCAGCAGGGUCUGAGAACGAAAUCCCCACCCACGUCUUACCGCCUUGCGCCAACUUACAGGCACAGAAGCUGAAAUCCAACAUAUCGGGCAACCCCCAGCUCUGCCUUGCUGAUCGGGAGUUUGAAAAGAACGGUCUUGCUGGGGCUUCCAGCCACAUAACCACAAAAUCAAUGGCCGCCCCUCCACGCUGCACUCUGGGCCCAUUGCUGGUCCUGGUGGUCACUGCCCUGUCCACCCUCUUAUCUUUAUCUUUGGCUGAAACAUCGUAGCUGCAUCGAACGAAAACAAUAUGGACAUGUAAAAAGACAAAAGACAAAAAAAAAAAAAAACCCACGCCCCCCACACAAAUGAUGUUUCCUGUCCUCUUGUAUAUCUGAAAUUCCAGUUUUAGGAGCUCAGUUGAGACACUGCUCAAACACUUUUAUCUGACUGAAACUUUUUUUUUCCCUUUUCUUUUCUUUCUUUUCAUUUUUUCCUUUCGAGAAAGCUUCUUUGUGAUCCUUGGGGUUUCUACAGGAUACUCAGUGCCGCUACAUUCCAAACUCGAAUCGCUUUGGGGCAGGCUGAGUUAAAAGGGGACAGUCUAUUAAUUUAGCUGUGAAGCAAACGGGACCAUGUUUUUGAUGAGGAUGAGGAGGAGGGGGAGGAUUUUAAGCAUGAACUCAGACUACUAGCAGGCAGAGGAGGUAGGAUUUCGA